AUGGCGGAAAGGCAGGAUAGACGCGUGGUUCCCGAUGAUAUCAUGAAAAACAUCGAAUUUGAGACGAGUGAAGAUGUUGAAGUCACUCCAACCUUUGAUAACAUGGGUUUGAGAGAAGAACUUUUGCGUGGAGUAUACGCUUAUGGGUUUGAAAAGCCGUCAGCCAUCCAACAGAGAGCGAUAAAACCUAUUGUAAAAGGUCGGGAUGUAAUCGCCCAAGCUCAGUCAGGUACAGGAAAAACGGCUACGUUCUCCAUGUCCAUCUUACAGUGUUUGGACACACAAUUACGAGAAACACAGGCCUUGGUACUCUCUCCAACAAGAGAAUUGGCAGUCCAAAUCCAAAAGGUCAUCCUGGCCCUUGGAGAUUACAUGAAUGUCCAGUGUCACUCGUGCAUCGGCGGUACAAACGUCGGAGAAGACAUCCGAAAACUUGAUUUCGGACAGCAUGUUGUAUCUGGGACACCUGGGAGAGUAUUUGACAUGAUCAGAAGGAGGAAUCUGAGAACCCGAUCAAUCAAGAUGCUUGUCCUGGACGAAGCAGACGAAAUGUUGAACAAAGGUUUCAAAGAACAGAUUUAUGACGUAUACAGAUACCUCCCUCCUGCUACACAGGUUCUGCUGAUUUCAGCCACACUGCCCCAUGAGAUUUUGGAGAUGACGAACAAAUUCAUGACAGAUCCUAUCCGUAUCCUGGUAAAGCGUGAUGAGUUGACGCUUGAAGGCAUCAAACAGUUCUUUGUCGCUGUCGAAAGAGAGGAAUGGAAAUUUGAUACUCUCUGUGAUCUGUAUGACACUCUCACCAUCACCCAAGCCGUAAUUUUCUGUAAUACAAAGAGGAAGGUCGAUUGGUUAACAGAAAAGAUGAGGGAAGCAAAUUUUACAGUUUCUUCCAUGCAUGGUGACAUGCGACAAGAUGAAAGAGAUGCAAUCAUGAAAGAAUUCAGAUCAGGAGCAAGUCGGGUGUUGAUCAGUACUGAUGUGUGGGCAAGAGGAAUCGACGUCCAACAGGUGUCAUUGGUCAUCAAUUAUGAUCUCCCCAACAACAGAGAAUUGUACAUCCACAGGAUCGGUCGUUCAGGACGAUUUGGAAGAAAGGGUGUGUCCAUCAAUUUUGUGAAGAAUGAUGACAUCAGGAUUUUGAGAGACAUUGAGCAGUACUACUCAACACAGAUCGAUGAAAUGCCUAUGAAUGUAGCAGAUUUGAUUUAAUUUUCCAAAUAAUGAAUAUGAUGAAAAAACUUGGUGGGUUUGGGUGGGUAUUUGUCACUUUCCUGAAGCUUAACAUUUGAGAUAACAUAUUACUUACUAGACAUCUGGUGUUUCAGAUCGUAUGGUUUCAAAUCAUAGAUGACUGAAUGUGUAUUUUUUUGUUUACAUGUCUUGUACUGGUAAGGUUUAGAUUAUUGUAGUUAAAUGGCAUGUGUAUAUCAUACCUGUCAGCCCUCCCAACCUUCACCAAAACUCCUAUGGAUAUUUAUUCCAAAUUAUGGCUUUUGAAACUCGUAGGACAGUGAGUAGAAGAAGUUUUCCACCAUUAAUUUGUCAAAGGGAGGUUAUAAAGUUUAAAAUUUCACAAAACAUUUUUAUCUCUUAAGAUUUGUUAAAAUUGACAGGUAUGAUAGGUUUAAAAUGAUUCAGGUUAUUGUAGUUCAGCUGUCUUAUAGAUUUAUCAGUGUUCUAUCAUCAACUUCAUUUGUAUUAUAGAGACAUCAUUCUGACCUUGAUCAUGUUAAGUUGUACAUUACUAUUGAAUCAGUGCUUAGGGGAGCUGUAAUCAUACUGUAAUAAUUGGUAUUGAUACAAAGGACAGUUAGGCUGUAAUCAGUUACUGGUAUAAUCAGUGAUAUGUACUGCACUUCAUGGGCGUGACUCGCCCCUCUUAAUUAUGGAACAGCAGCAGAAGUAAAUUCUGAGUUGUUUUAGUUAGUAGUUCAGUAGACAGUGCUUUGGAUUGAAAACCGUAUUUGAAAAUUACUCUGUAAAAGUUUCAAAAUAUUUCACCAUAAUUUUAUUUUUUGAACUCUUAUCACUAAUAAUAAACAGUACAGAAAACAAUAAAUGAUAUUUUCUGUCAUUUUGACUUACUUAAAAUGUGGAAUGAAGGAUAUUAAUCAUCUGAAACAUAUACAAAGUGUAUUUUUCCAGUAAAGAAUGAAGUACAUUGUGUUUUUAUGUGUCAUAUGUUCACAAACUUGUUUUAUAUAAUUAAACAUCAUUCAAUUAGU